CAUUCCUUCAGUUUCUCAGAUCACUCCAGGCGCAUAACGCAGCAGCCGGCGCGCACUGAUCAAAUCUGAUCCAACAUUUACCUCUUGAAACACAUAUAUUGCACUUGUCCAAAAUACAUAGUUUACCAUGUCGUAUAAGAGUGCGCAACUCGAUGGAAUAAAAGCAUAAAAACUGGCUUAUGUUCUGUCACAACGAACAACUGCGAUGGAUACUACUUUGGACCCACUUUCAGAAUCUCUUCUUUACGACGAGGAAGAUGGAAAUGAAACCUCCACUAACCUUUUCGAGCAACCGGACUGGCAGGUGGCACUAUGGGCGAUUGCAUAUUCUUUAAUCGUAAUUGUUUCCAUCAUUGGCAAUGUCACAGUUAUUUGGAUCAUUCUGGCACAUAAACGCAUGAGGACAGUGACCAACUACUUUAUUGUAAACCUCGCCUUUUCCGACGCGUCAAUGGCAACUUUUAACACCGUUUUUAAUUUCGUGUACGCUUUGCACAAUGACUGGUAUUUCGGUUUGGGAUAUUGUAAAUUUCAAAACUUCUUUCCAAUAACAGCCAUAUUCUCAAGCAUUUAUUCAAUGGCAGCGAUUGCUGUUGACAGAUAUAUGGCUAUCAUCCAUCCCUUGAAACCAAGGCUUUCCUCCACCACCACUAAAUUUGUGAUCGGGGUCAUUUGGACUGUUGCUUUUGCAUUGGCUUUUCCUCAGUGUUAUUACGCCAGUACCCAGUUCUUCUUCCCUCGGACCGUCUGUAUGGUGGAAUGGCCCGGCGAUUAUGGGGGGAAACAUCAGCUCUCGUAUCAGAUUGCUGUGAUUAUCCUGAACUACGUGCUCCCUCUGCUGGUGAUGCUGGUGACCUACAGUCUUGUGGGACUGAGGCUGUGGGGCAGUGAGAUCCCUGGAGAAGCAUCAGACCACUACCAGAAUCAGAUGCAGGCAAAACGCAAGGUUGUGAAGAUGAUGAUAGUGGUGGUGAUGACCUUUGCAAUAUGUUGGCUUCCCUACCACAUCUAUUUUAUUCUGGGGAGCUUCAACAAGGACAUAUACAAGCAGCACUACAUCCAGCAGGUCUAUCUGGCCAUCUUCUGGCUGGCUAUGAGUUCCACAAUGUACAACCCGAUCAUUUACUGCUGUCUAAACCAAAGAUUUCGCUCAGGUUUCCGCAAAGCAUUCCAGUGGUGCCCCUUCGUGAAGAUAUCCGAGGAGGACAACAUGGAACUGCAGCACAUGAAAACAUUCCACAUGAGACGCAGUUAUCGCACAGAGACCACCAGCGUGGUGGUCCGUAACCAUGUCAACGAGCCAGAAGAUACCAUAUCCAAGCUAAUCAAAGCCUGAGUCUAUUCAUUAUAGUAUAAAAGAGAGGAAUUUGCUGGCAUGGUCACACUUUGCACUCAACACCUCACAUUUAAAUUUCACUUUGUUUAUGUUCUGGUGGGUUCAGUGGGCUUUAAAGGUGGAGUAUUAAUAUACUCAUAUGGCAUAAGCACCAAGCCUUAUUUAUGUAUUGCUGCUUAAUUCCAGAUCUAGUAUAUGUGUAUACACUAUAAAAAAAGAGCAACAGAUUUUACACGUGGCAGCUCUAAAUGUAAAUGGCAAACUUUUGUUUGAGUACGAAAGCAUACUAUAGUUCUUAUAGAUGCAAAAUCAAGAGUAAAAAGAUGUCUCAUAAUUAUAGCGAUCAAAAACAAUAUUUAUAGCUUCAACAAAUAUAAAUGAAAUCAAGGAGAUAUUUCAGUGUUAUAAUCGUACUGUACAUAAACAACCAAGCUUAUGUAUCAAACUGCCAAAGGCUUACAGCAAGCUGUAUCUAUUCAUUUGCAUGCAUGUCCAAACACUUGUUCUGAUAUAAACUUAAGUGUAGGCCUAAGUUUAAAUUUAAACUUGUUGAUGUAAAGAAAAUAAAGUGUCCCAUUCAAUUGAAAAAGAAAAUUGGGUAUGAUUCAGUUGUGUUAUAGUCCUGUGGUGAAUUGGUUAGGUUUCAUUUUGCAUGCUAAAAUAAUGUUUUGUUUUUAUGAACAACCUCAAGGAGUUCACACAUUGAUUCUGAAACCCAUGAAUUAUGAUCAAAUAUUUUGUUUUAGGAUCUUCCAUAAAAUUGCUUUUUAUUUUUUUACUCUGACAUUAAAUAUAACUUCGCCUAUAUCAGUUUCUGUUUGUGUACUUACUCUAUGGAGCAGAUACCUUGCAUUAUCCAAGCAUUCUUUUUCUUAAGAUAAUGAUUAAAUCUUUGUU